UAACGGUCAGCUGCGCCGCCCCGCGGCGUUCGCGUUCAGAGCUGCGGGAGCCCGGGAAAUGGUCUUGGCAAGUGCGGACGCUGCGCUCCCCGGUAUAGUUCUCGGCGCUCUGCCCUCAGAACCCACUCAUCUGUAGGACUCGCUGCCGCCUCACGCCUGCCCGCAGAAGAGCUCAAACUGCCCUCCACCUGGGAACCCGUGUGGGGACCGCGCGCGGGGUGGUUUCCCACCUGGCCGCGCCGCCGCUUCGAAGUCCGGGAACAGGAAGGACUCCCGUGGUCUUCCAGGGCCGGCCGAGGCUGAGCGCUGCGGUCUGUUCCACGCACGGUACCCCAGCGUGGUACCCGGAUACCCCUGCGCCCGGCGGGCAGCAAUUGCCGAGUUGUCCCAUUUCCGGUUUUCUGCAGUUCCAACCACAGCUCUGUCCUAUUUGGUUAAGUUUGCGCUGGAUGCUGUGACGGCAUGUUAAAAGCUAAGAUGCCGCCCCCCCACCCCCUCCCCGCCACACCCAAAACUGUAUUUUCUACAAUUCGGUGGAAAUGUUAACUACUAACCAUGUUUCACAUUUAUUCACAUGUAUCACGACGACAAUCCAGCUGGCACCCUUUUGGCUGUCCCCAGUGUAUGUGGAGACCCGGUGUGGAAGAGCCUCUUUUAGGGGUAGGGUUCUACCAUUUUCCCGGUGCAGACCCCUGGCGGCAUCUUGGGUGUGAGUUGCAUAUGGAGGGUGACCUUUCCUGUGCUCCUGGCAUUGUUGUCCGUGUGAUUGUGAUGUUUCACCUGCAGGGCUUUCUAGUCUGCAUGUGGGCAUAGCUUGUGGCACGAGGAAACAGGUACAGUGCAGGGGCGGCUCCCCUGGGAGGAGACCUGGCUGGUUUCGGGAGCCUGGGCCAUGACUGCAGCUGCUGCUUCCUUACCUGGAGACACAGAGGCGCCCCUUUCCUUGACAGAGUAACCAGAAACUUAAAACCAAAGGAACAAGGUGCCCAACAGACCAUCUGGAGUCUUCAGCCAUUUCUUUGAGGAGCUGCGGCACCCUAGAGGGGUGUCACUUGCUUUAAGGAGUACAGUUUUGUUUUUCAGAAACCCUAGCUGUGGACAUGCCUCAUCCCACGAGCCCUGCUCUAUAUCGUCUCACCAAGCACCUACUACAGAAAUAUCACAAGGCAGUGAGGCCAGUUCACGACUGGACUGAGGCCACCACGGUGUAUCUGGAUGUGCUUGUCCACGCCGUUUUGGAUGUGGACGCACAGAACCAAAAAUUGAAGACAAGUAUAUGGUACCACGAGGUUUGGGAUGAUGAGUUUUUAUCCUGGAACCCCAGCAUGUUUGAUGAGAUUAGAGAGAUCUCUCUACCUCUAAGUGACAUCUGGAUGCCUGACAUCAUCAUCAAGGAGCUGGUGAAUUAUGUCACGGGAAAUGUGAUUCUUAUUUGCACUUCUGGUGUGGACUUCGAAGGAUCACCCGACCUUCCAUAUGUCUAUGUGAACUCAUCUGGGACCAUUAAGAACUCUAAGCCUAUCCAGGUGGUCUCUGCGUGCAGUUUAGAAACCUACGCAUUUCCGUUUGACAUCCAGAACUGCAGCCUGACCUUCAGUAGUGCCCUGCACACAGUGCACAACAUCAACCUGGCCUUCCUGAGGAGCAGAGGAGACAUGAAGCAUGACAAGAAGGAAUUUUUGAAUGACAGUGAGUGGGAGCUUCUCUCUGUGUCCUCAACACACAACAUCCUGCAGAGCUGCGCUGGAGAGUCUGCCCAGAUUCAGUUUCACGUGGUGAUUCGCAGGCGCCCACUGGUCUAUGUUGUGAGCCUGCUGAUUCCCAGCAUCUUCCUAAUGCUCGUGGAUCUGGGGAGCUUCUACCUACCACCCACGUGUCGUGCCAGGAUUGUGUUCAAGACCAGUGUGCUGGUGGGCUACACCAUCUUCAGGGUCAACAUAUCUGACGAGAUGCCCAGGAGUGCACUGAGCACCCCUCUGAUUGGGGUCUUCUUCGUGGUCUGCAUGGCCUUCCUGGUUAUCAGCUUAUUUAAGUCCAUCCUGUUGGUCAGAUUCCUUCAUGAUGAGAGGGGCGCCGGGCAGGAACGGCCCCUCUUGUGCCUUCAAGGGGACACCGAUGCUGAUGAGCCUAGGACAGAUCCCAGAGCCCAGCUUGCUGGGGCAACAGAGCCCCCCUUCUGUCAAGAACACCAGGUCCAGCCAGGGACCCUGAAGGAGGUCUGGUUCCAGCUGAGGUCCAUCAGCACCUACUUCCAAACCUGGGAGCAGGCGGAGCAGCAGGAGGUUAAGUGGCUGGCCCUCCUGCAGCGUUUUGACCGACUGCUCUUUCAAGCCUACGCCGUCGUGCUGGGACUCUAUGCCGUCACCCUGUGCUCCCUGUGGGCGCUGUGGGCCAGCUCGUGAACACGGGAGCCUGCUUGCUCUCAGCACGUGGGGCAGCCUCGAGGGUUUCCACGGGGGUGGAGAUGGGGGCACGUGGGUUAACAAGCUCCUCACUUCUUAUUGCCUCUUGUCCUUCAGUGAGGAGCUCACAGCUGAGGGGGCACUGUGUGACCCAGGAUCAGGCAUUCCGGAGGAAAGUGCCCAGACAUCUCAAGGUAUACGGUGAAAAGGAAGCCUGCCUUCUGAUUCUGGUUCGCUCCCCCAGAGUGACCACCACUAGCAGUCUCUUUCAGAACAUGCCUAGGUGUGUUGCAGAUAAUUCUUCACUUGACUUGAUUCCCAAGGUCAACCUUGCACAAAGCAGAAUGCAAGAUUUGCACCAUAUCCCUGUCCUGAAGCCGUUGUUCCCACUGUCUCCCAUGAGCACCUCUCCCCCUGCACCCCAUCACCUGCUGGAGGGAAGCCGGUACCAACCUCUCAGACCGAAUCAACACGUGUAAGGCACGGCGCAGGGGGUAGGCUUCCUGCAUGGCCCUUGGCCUGCAUGGCCAUUAUAAUCCACUGUCCUUGUAUUUGUCAGCUCGGGCUGCCAUAACAAAACACCACAGGCUCUGACGCUUAAACAGAAAUGUCUUUUCUCCCCACUGAGAUCAAAGUGUCAGCAGAGUUGAUUUCUUCUGAGGCCUCUGUCCUUGGCCCACAGCUGGCUGCCUUAUCCCCGUGUCCUCAGGUGGCUUUCCCUUUGCACGUGUCCGUAUCUGUAUCCGCAUUCCUCCUCUUAUGAGGACACCAACUCUGUUGGAUUAAGGCCCACAUUAACAACCUCAUUUAACCCGAACCACCUCUUUAAGGGCCCUACUCCAGAUACACAUUCUGAGGCACUGGGGGCUUAGGACUUCAAUGUGAAUUUGGGGCAGGUCACGCAAUUCAGCCCAUGCUAUUCUCAUAACUGUGGACACUUGGCCAGUCCAAAAUCUGCAGGUAGGCUGGGACCCAGGGAAUAGUUGCAGUUUGAGUCCAAAGCAGAGGCGUCCUGUCUGCUGGCCAAAUUCCCAGCUUAUUCCAGGAAGCCAGUGUUUUACUCUUGAGGCUUUCAACUGAUUGGAUGAGGCCUACCCACAUUCUGGAAGGGAAUCUGCUUUACCAAUGUCUACUGAUUUAAAUGCUAAUCUUGUGUAAAAAAAAAAAAAAAUACCUUCACAGAAGCAUCUAGAAUAAUGUUUGAUCAAAUAUCUGGGUCCUGUGGCCCACCCAAGUCCACACGCAAAACUAGCCCUCACAGUCCCUGUGGCCCCAUAGCUUCCCAUCUAUGCCGACAGUUGCUUGUUAAGACAGAAGACCCCUGGUCACCAGGCACUCGCAUAACUCAUCAGCUUCUGGCUCUUACUCUCCAGUAGCCAAAUCUGUACUGACCAGCUUACCUUACAGCAGUUCCCGGGGCCCCCUCACCUAAAGGUUAGAGUUCAAGUCUUCCACAAGUUUUCCUUCCUCUCAUUUUGACUUUCUUCCUUUUACAUCACUUUUUUUUUUAAAUGGAGGCUUUGUCUGGCCAAGCUCACCUGCUUGCCAUUCUGUCCAAGCCUCCACAGCUAGCUGACAUAGUCUUUUGCGUCACCAAAUCUGUGUGCCACUCUAAGGACCCUGCUCAAAACGGCCUUCCCGCACAGUCAUCCUGUGACUCUAUCUCCUUCUCUAUCUUCAGUUUUACCUUAUCCUUUAGCCUUCCUCCUUUGAAUGUUUUAUGGCUUCCUGUGCAUGAGUGUGUAUGUAUGUGUGUGGGGUAUGUACGUAGGUGUGUGUGUUGUGGGUGUGUUUGUAGUGU